GCGGCGGCGGCGGCGGGGGGCGCAUGGCCGCGAUGUCCCCCCAGCAGGAGCACCUGGGGCCGGCCCGCUCGGCCUCGGUGAGCGGCGAGGGCAGGGGCUUCGCCGCCGCCGACAGCAAGAAGGUUUGUGGAGAGGGAGCACGAUGCACCUGCACAAAGUGGUGGAGUGGCUUCUGCUUGCUGCCUGGCUGGAUGACAUGAUGGAGAAGAUGCUCACCCUCUCUGAUCCUGCAAUCUGAUCUGAGACAGCUACACGCGUGGCUUUGAUUUUCCUUCUUCCACCUCUUUGAUUUUUGCUGAGGACCGAGUGCCGUGGACCUUGCUGCCCCGGUGCCAGACACCACCUGAGAGGAGGAGGGAUGCUCGAGCGCUGUGAAGACGAGCACGGCUUUCCUCUGAGGUCUGCUUUGGGAUCCGGCGUUGAGGACAAGUACUGAUGGCAGCACUCGAGCUUCCUGUUCCUGCUCCUGCCGAAGGAACGCAGACCUUGUUUUCGCCAGCGCUGACAGGGGAGCGGGGAUGUUACUUUUUACGGAUCUUGGCAGCCCUCUUGGAAUUCCUCGGCGUGCAGGCAGAGGCGGCGGGGGGACGUUUGGAAACCUUCCUGCCCAGCAGCCUGCAGCCAGCCCAGCCCAGCGCCCCGAUCCCCUCCCACGGUCCUGGUGCUCCCAUGAGCAUCCCGGCACAGCAUCUCUCUAUGCCUCACUGGGGUGGAAGCAUCCUACCUUUUUGUUCAACGUUGGGCUCGAAGCUGGAUCUCAGCGUCAAUUUGAACAUUUUUUUCCCUACUAAGGCCCCCGAGUCUCUCUGAAUACCUCUGUUUUGACUCCCGCACAGUGCCAAGGCACCACACUUUUUGACAAUCCUGCAGGUCUUUGUUGUGGCAGGAGAGAUUGUGCUGCUGCUGUGGUGGCAAGAGAUCAGCUCUUGAUCCUGGUGGCACAGCAUGGCAAGGUGAAAUACGUAUGUCAUGCUGUUGCUCAUUCUGACACAAACGCCCCCAAAUCCAGCAUGGUGAGCGGCCACCGAACCUUUCUCUUUUUAUUAUUUCGACCUUUGCCAAAUGAAAUUUAUUCAACUGAGAUUUGCUGCGUUGUUCUGUGGUCGUCCGAAUUCCUAUUUUAUCUCCCACUUGGCUGUCAAAGCAAAGCUGAAGGAUCACAUGCUUGAUCACAUCACAAGACCGAGAGAUAGAAAUUGUCUAGGACUCACUUCAUGUAUUUUGGGUGCCCCUUUAGACUACUUUUUGGGGGAACACUUCCUCUUCUUUCUGUGCAGAGCAGCCUGCACUGCUUGCAUGCCUCACGCACACUGUGGGGUUCUCCUAUUAAACGCUUGUAAGGCAUUCGAGACACCCUGCUGAAACAUGACAUUGAAGUCCAGUGUCUUAGUGACUGCUUUUGGAAAAUCCUCAGCCAGAUUCUCCCCUUUACUGGGCGUACUGGGGUUGCUGGACGAUGCUGGGUCGGCCCACAGCGCAGUUUUGUACGGGCUGUUUGGUUUGGUAACCGCUACCAGUAAAUUGAUGCAACUCUGAAGUGGGCUGAAGUAACAAAAUGAAGAGCUUGGCCCAAAGGCGCCAGUCUGCACCAUCUUUGAUCUUUGUCAAAGCUCUUAACAGAUCGAGAUCCGUCUCAAGGGAAGGCUGCUUCUCCCCUAUCAGCCCCGAGGCAUGUCCCCUUGUGCAGUCGUUCAUGUGCCACAACAGGACGUUCCUCCUCGACGGCCACGUGCAGCUGAAGACGGGCCUGCAGACCCAGGAGCGACACCUUUUCCUCUUCACAGACCUUCUGGUUGUUGCCAAGUCCAAGUCACACUCUCAUUUCAAACUGAAGUGCCAAGCACGUCUCUGUGAGAUGUGGACAGCAUUUUGUACAGAAGAAGUCUGCGAAGGCAGCACAGAUCCAGAAAGGUCCUUUGUUUUGGGCUGGCCCACCACUAACUGUGUGGCAAAUUUCAGGUCGGCAGAACAAAAGGAAACAUGGCUCUCUUUUUUGCAAAGUCGAAUAAGAGAAGAGAAGGAAAAAGACUAUCCUAAAAGCAUUCCUCUGAAGAUAAUUGCAAAGGAUGUUGGAACUUGUGCAUAUUCAAAAACCCUGACUGUAACCAAUGUUGAUACAGCAAAUGAUGUAAUUCUCAUGGCCCUGCAGCAGCUGGGAAUUUCUGGCUCUGAAAAAGACUACAAGCUGUGGGUGAUUUCAGGAAGAGAAGAUGCUCCGUACCCUCUUAUUGGCCACGAGUACCCCUUUGGCAUUAAGAUCAGCCACAUCCGCGACGCGAUGCCCCACGGGUCGAAGCACUGUGCCUGCCCCCGGCAGCUCCAGGGAUCCUUCCUGACGGAGCAGCUGCCCCAGGAGCUGCAGUGCCAGUUCGUGCUGAAGCCCAGCCGCCUGGCCGAGAGCCCACCGCUGCACGACUUGAGCCAAAAGUCGUUUAAAAGGAAAAGAUCUAUCAUAAACUGGGCUUUUUGGCGUGGCCCAGGCACUCACUUGGACAACGUGCCCCUCUCCUCAACAUCUGCUGCUCCUGGGAAGCUCUUUGGCCUCUUGCUAACAGCCAUCUGUGAGGAUGACAACCUGCCCAAACCUCUCUUGGACAUGCUUUCCCUCCUCUACCAAGAAGGUCCUUCCACCGAGGGUAUUUUCAGACGCUCUGGAAGUGCAAAAACCUGCAAAGAGCUCAAGGAGAAGCUUGAUUCGGGUGCCGAAGUGGACUUAGCCUGUGAAUCCAUAUUUGUGACAGCAUCUUUGUUUAAGGAUUUUCUUCGCAACAUCCCAGGCAGCAUUUUGUCAUCCCAGCUCUGUGAUAAGUGGGUCUCUGUGAUGGAUCAAGGAAAUAACGAAGAGAAGAUAAAAAGCAUCCAAAGGUUGAUAGAGCAGCUCCCCAGAGCUAACGUUGUUCUCUUACGUUACAUCUUUGGCGUACUACAUGGUAUAGAAAUGCGAUCUGAAGAGAACCAGAUGAACGCAUUUAAUCUAGCUAUCUGCAUUGCACCUAGCCUGCUCUGGCCUCCUGUUUCCUCCACUCCUGAUAUGGAAAGUGAAUUCACAAAAAAGAUUUCUAGCCUGGUGCAGUUCCUCACUGAGAAUUGCUGCAGGAUUUUUGGAGAGGAGAUUAACUCCCUCUUUGGAGAAAUACUGAUGACAUGCAAGAGAGAAAAUGGCUCAGAUGUGGCUUCCCUCCACCUGAACGACUCGUCCUACGACAGCCUGGAAAAUGAGGCGAACGAUGAGGCCGACUCCUCUUCCAGCGACUGGAUUAAGAACCGGGAUCAGGACAACAGGAGCAGGGAGUCUGUCUUCACCCUGAGCGACGGCGAUUCGGAGCAGACAGAGGUGGAUGAAAUCCAAAGUAAAACCAAAUCAAAACAGUUGACGAUUUCUGUUGAUGUACACCGUAAGUUUUCCUCGCAAGAGAACUCGGAGAAGGAGUCUCUCUGCUCCGGUGCAUUGGGCUUCUCUUCAGCAGCUACCUCAGGCGUCCUCAAAGCCUUGAGGAGACACAGGCGCUCCUCAGAGCCCGCAAUCGGCCUCCUUGCCCCCAGCUUCACCCACAGUGGUGGCAGUCACGAGAAGGCAGCGCGCAAGGCCAGCUGUGACGUUGUCCUGUCUCACGAAGACGAAGACUAUCUCCGUCAGCUUCGGUCACUGCAGAUGGAAGGGCAAAAGCUUAUCAAUCAGAGCUUGAUUAUAGGGAUUAACGUUGGUAAAAGUGACAACACAAACCAAAAUGUUGAAAAGAAAGACUUGUCCCAUUGCCUCCUGCCUCCAACGCCAGAGGGAUUAAAUAUUUGCUCAGGAUUUAGCUCUUCUAGCCUGUCUUCUCCUGGGACAUCUCCGUCUGUGUCGUCAAUGAGCUCCCUGGACAGUGCUUUCUCUCAGUUUUCAGACCAAUCUGUGUUUACCCCAACUGAAACCACCUCCCCUUUUGAUAUCAGCACUUUUCAGUCAGUAAAGAAACACGAAGAGACUGCCGCUGACGCGGCCGAUGACUAUUUGGUCACACCCACCAGGGUGCCACCAUCUCCACAACCUACCGAGGCGCUGGCUGAGGGGGGCUUGAUGGAGCCCAACAGCAGGCCAGCACCCCUGAAACCUACUGAAGGAGUCGACGGCUACUUGAUUAAGCCUGACAUUCAGCCAUUACCUCUGAAAGUCACAGGAAAAGAGAGACUUCAUGAUCCAAGAUCAAAGAGGAGGUCUAGGAGAGCAUUACAGCAAUCCAAAGUUUGAAGAGACUCACCAAAGCUUUUUUGCGGAGGAAUCUUAACGCUUAAAAUAAACACCAUACAGAAAAUGCCUUUGGUGUUAGUGUGUGUUCAUUUUAAGUUUAAUAUCCAGGCUGCUCAAAUUUAAUUGAGCAGUCCCUGAAUUUGUGGGUUUUCUUUUUCUAGGAAACUAUUAAUGUUCCCACAUAAAGCUUUGCAAGAAUAUUGUAAGAAUAACAAAAAUUGCUAAAAGCAAGCAAACAGAAACCUCCUGAAAAAUCUGAUAAGGUCCCAGGAGCUAAGAGAAGGAACCUGUUCUGUGAGCCUCUCGAGGCAGCAGGGUUCCUGCUGGGACUCUCCCCCUUGACCACUUGUGUGUUGAGCCUUGCGGAUGUGGGUCCCAGUCCUUUGUGGUUUUGAUGUAGCGUGCAAAGUCAGCGUAGAAUCCAUAACUGUGGUAUUAUACUACUGUUCUGAAACUGAUAGGUAUUACCUUCACUGUCCUCCAAGGAAUAAGUGUAUUGUUUUCUGUACGUUUCUGAGGUAUGUUCAAUAGGUGUAGUUAUUUCUUUCACACUGCAAAAGAAAGAAAAAAAAAUAAGCUCAAAAAAAUGUAAAGAUAAAUGCUGAAGCUUGUAACUAACACCUCCCAACUCCGUGUGUUUCAUUUAUUGUGCUUCGUUGGCUGUUCUGUUCAUGUUUAAGUUGUGAAUAGUUUAACAUUGCUGUAAAUGGCAUUAUAUAUUAUUGCAAGCAGAACACAUGUAAUUUUAUUAUGCAGCAUCUAAAACAUCAUAUAAUAUAUUAAAAGUAAUGCAUUAUCUAAAUGCUUUGAGUUUGUAUAAUAUAUCCUGAUAAAUUUUGCUAUUAUAUAUGUUCUGAAAAAAUGUGUAUUUUUGUACUUGCAAAAACUGCUGCUAAUUUUAUGAGUUCUGUUUUGUUGUUACAGCACUGGUACUGAUGUGUAUGCAUUCAAUGCUAUAUAUUAAAUAUUAUUUGUUAUGUCAUAAAUUCAGUUUAUAUUCUUUGUAAUGUUUUUUAGGUGUUUUUAUAGUUCUACAAGAUAUCGCUGAAGCAGAAGUCCCAGUGAUGCCACUGCAAAUCUUGCCUGGGGAAGGACUGCAGCAUUUUUCCUCCCCUUUGGGUGGCAUCAUUCAUACUAUAUGUGUCAUGAAAGCUAUUAGCAUUUGUAAAUUUGGGUAAUUUUCAAACAAGAAUUCCUACCCUUUUGCUUUUCAUCUAGAGAGUGGGUAUCGUUUUCAGCUAAGGGGAUGAUGUGAACAAUAUUGAGGUGCAGAAAGAGAUUUUCAGUUAAUAGAUAUUGGGGUGGGGAGCAAGUCAGAGAGGGGAGCAAGAUUUAUUCUUUAACAUCAGCAGGAUUGUAGAGAAGGCAAGAAGGAAUAGCAGUGCUAAACUAAGCAUCUGUGCAUGUGUGCAUGCGUAAAGUGCUUCUGAAAUUGCAUAAAUUCAUUAAUUAGCUUUCCAUUUUCAUCCCCUACUCCAGUUAAUUCUGGCCAAUGGUGGAGUUUCAGAUCCUGUUCUGUUCAACCACACUCUGGUAAAGGUGCUUACGCUCCUAAAUUGUUGAGUAUUUCUGAAAAAAAAUAUAAACAUUGUCCAGUGCUCUAAGCUAUUUCCAAGUAUUAUCAGUGUAAAAAGAUUUCUAGCUCUGUAUCAGACAGAAUGGAUUAUCUCCAGCAGAUUCAGGGUGGGAGUUAACUUGAAAAUACAGAAUCAGAGACUUACUAUUUUGGGCUCUAAUCCUGCAAAUGGUUAUGUCAGUGAACAGAAAGGCAUUUGUAGAGACCUAUAUAAUGCAAUAAAAUAUCAUGCGCUUGGUAGUGUACCAGCAUGUA